AUGUUGGAUAAUCGUUUUAUAAACCGCACUCUCUCAGAACUUCAAGAAGUCAAUCGCAGUCCAAUAUUUGGUUAUGAAGAUUCACCCAUUCUGACAUUACAAGAAUCUGUGAAAAAACUAAUUCCACUUGUCCCCAAUGUCUUAGCUUAUGUUAUGAGAGCUAAAAAUAAAUAUAGUCGAUACUCUGAUUUGUUAACGCGGGAUGAAUCGGCGGCUAUAUAUCUUUACUCGAUGCCAUCAUCUUUUUAUUCUUCUCUCAACAGCACACUUCGAGCUGAAGAUCGACAUGCACUUAAGCCAUGGUUUACCUACUUGAAACUAUUGAUGACAGCUCUCAAGAAACUACCAUCAAUUAAGGCAGUUGUAUGGAGAGGCGUUUACGGUGAUGUCGGUUCAGUCUUUGCUAAAGAUAAUAUCGAUAUGUGGUGGAGUGUCAAUUCAACUACGAUGGAUCUGAAAAUUGUUGAACCAUUUCUAGGCGAACAUGGCACUCUGUUCACCAUUGAAGCUAUAUGUGGCAAAGAUAUCUCCCAGUUUUCAGCAAGUCCAGAGGAGCGAGAAGUUAUUCUAAUGCCAGGAACUUGUUUGAGAGCUAGAACUGAAGCACUCAAUUUCAUUGAUCGUCUCUUCAUUGUUCACUUGAACGAAGUAACUCUUCAAAGUGGUGAAUCACAGUUUGAGUCAAACCAUCUAUUUGAAUGGAUAAAACAAGAAUACAAACGAAAUGGUUAUAUUGAACGUCUGAUGAAUCCAGCAAAAUUCUAUCCAGUUGAAGAGAGUUAUAUUAAUUUAGCUCUUGUUGAAACAAAAAAACAGCAACAAAAAGAAAAACAACUUCGUGAUGCUCCCAACAAUGAUGCUAUUAUGGGAAGUUUUGAAGAAAUUUAUGGAACAAAAACUACAAUCGAUAUAAAAAAUAUUUUUGAAACAUGCAAUAAUCAAGAGAAAAAAGUGUUGGUGUUCGGGCGUGCUGGAAUUGGAAAAUCUACAUUUUGUCGAUAUAUUGCUUAUCAAUGGGCGAUGGGUUCAUAUUGGACAGAGUAUGAAUUAUUGGCUUUGAUUCCAUUACGUCGCUUAACAACUAAUCGAUAUCCACCUUUAUCAAAUGGUCAAAACUACUCUUUGUUCGAUCUUGUGAAAAAAGAGAUUUUUUCACAUGAUCUAUCUGAAAGUGAGGAUAGAAUUCUGAAAAAGCACUUUGAUCCCAGAAAGACUUUAUGGAUUUUGGAUGGUUAUGACGAAAUUGUACAAAAUGUACCUUCACAUUUAGAAUGUUUAUUCGAACAAUUACUUACAACUCCACAUCAUAUUUUAACAUCUCGUCCAUAUCAAAAUGUAUUAGCUUAUCAUGUACAAAUGGAAAUCACAGGUUUUACAGAUGAAAAUAUCAAGCGUUAUGUGCAGCAAUUCUUCGAUCAAAUGAAAGAUGAGCUCGACAACUCUUUGGACAAAAGUCAAAAAUUAUUCAGAUUCUUACAGGCAAAUCCAUCUAUAUGGGGUGUUGCACAUAUUCCAGUGAAUCUAGAAUUAAUAUGCAGUCUUUGGAGUAAUGAAGAUUUUAUAGAAACAAAAGAAUUAACAAUAACGUCAUUGUACACCGUUAUGGUUGAAUGGUUAUGUCGACGAUAUUUAUCAAUGCCAAAUAAAAAAAUUCAAAAUUUAUCUAAAGACGACGUCAAUCAACGUUGUGAAAAAGAAUUAACAUUCUUAGAAAAUCUAGCAUUCAAUGGAAUGAAGAGUAACACUAUAAUUCUACGACCAAAUCUACUGAAAAAAGCAUUAAAUGAAGAAGAAGUAUCUUUACAUACACAUCCGCAUAUACUCAAUAUGGGAGUUCUCAAAAGUUUUAAUAAACAAGGUAUCGAUACUCAAAUUGAAACCGAUAAAGAUCAUUAUUUUGUACACCUCAGUUUUCAGGAAUAUUUUACAGCACGAUAUCUGCUUAAAGCUCUCAAAGAGUUUUCAAUUCAUCAAGAAGAAAUCAAGUUUAUUCAACGAGAAAAAUACAAUCAACGUUAUGCAUUAGUGUUUGCUUUUCUAUCGGGUCUUUCCAGUGAGGCUGAUACAAACAUAUGUUUAAAUGUUUUUUGGGGACUUAUAUUAGCACCACCAAUGGAUCUUCUUGGAAUAAGACAUAUGCAACUUGUUAUUUCUUGCAUUGAAGAGACAGCAAACCAAUCAAUUAUUCCACAACACACUUUACUCCUAGAAUGGCUAGCGAAAUGCAUUAAACAUAGUUUGUUCAUAGAAAAUCAAACUAUUCGUGAGCGUCUUGCAGAAUCGUUGCGAAGAGCACCAUCGGUAAUAAGCAAUCAAAUAAUUAUCAAUGUAGUUACCCAUCUACUUCUAAAUAAUGAUUCAAAUACCAGAAUCGCAGUGCUCUCUUUCAUUUCGAAAAUUAACAGUUCAAAUUUAGGUGUUGCAAUGACUAAAUUAGUGGCUCUUGAAAUGAACGAUAAAAACGAGAUGAUAAGAUGCUACGCAUGCGAAGCUCUCGGAAAUGUAGGUAAACAAGCAGCGACGAAUGAAGUGAUCACUAAACUGGUUAAUGCAUUAGAAGAUGAGAGUCAAUGGGUCAGAUCAAGUGCAUGCCAUGCUCUUGGAAAAAUAGGUGAAAAAGCAGCGACGAAGGAGGUGAUCACUAAAGUGGUUAGUGUAUUAGAAGAUGAAAGUGUCAGUAUCAAAAUAAGUGUAUGGCAAGCUCUCGGAAAAAUGGGUGAAAAAGCAGCAACAAAUGAAGUAAUCGCUAAACUGAUUGAUGCAUUAGAAGAUGAGAGCCCUGAGGUUAGAGAGUGUGCAUGCGAAGCUCUCGAAAAUAUGGGUGAACAAGCAGCAACAGAUGAAGUAAUCACUAAACUGGUUAGUGUAUUAGAAGAUGAGAGUAAUGAUGUCAGACGCAGUGUAUGCCAAGCUCUUGGAAACAUGGGUGAAAAAGCAGCGACAAAUGAAGUGAUCAAUAAACUGGUUAGUGCAUUGGAAGAUAGGAGCGUCAGAUACAGUGCAUGCGAAGCUCUCGGAAAAAUUGGUGAAAAAGCAGCGACGAAUGUGGUGAUUGAUAAACUGAUUAGUGCAUUAGAACGUGAGAAUGACAUUGUCAGAUCAAGUGCGUGCAAAGCUCUCGAGAAUAUAGGUAAAAAAGCAGUGAAAAAUGAAGUGAUCGCUAAACUGCUUAGUACAUUCGAAGAUAAGAGUGAUAUUGCCAGAUUAAGUGCAUCUCUAGCCCUUGGAAAUAUAGCCGGAAAAGCAGCAACGAAUGAAGUGAUCAAUAAACUGAUCAGUGCAUUAGAAGGUGUGAGUGUCAGUAUCAGAUCAAGUGCAUGCAAAGCUCUGGGGAAUAUAGGUGAAAAAGCAGCGACGAAUGAAGUGAUCACUGAACUAAUUAAUGCAUUAGAAGAUGAGAGUGACGAGGUCAGAUCAAGUGCAUGCGAAGCUCUCGGAAACAUAGGUAAACAAGCAGCGACGAAUGAAGUGAUCACUAAACUGGUUAAUGCAUUAGAAGAUGAAAGUCAAUGGGUCAGGUUAAGUGCAUGCCAUGCUCUUGGAAAAAUAGGUGAAAAAGCAGCGACGAAGGAGGUGAUCACUAAACUGGUUAGUGUAUUAGAAGAUGAAAGUGUCAGUAUCAAAAUAAGUGUAUGGCAAGCUCUCGGGAAAAUGGAUGAAAAAGCAGCAACAAAUGAAGUAAUCGCUAAACUGAUUAAUGCAUUAGAAGAUGAGAGUCCUGAGGUUAGAGAGUGUGCAUGCGAAGCUCUCGGGAAUAUGGGUAAAAAAGCAGCGACGAAUGAAGUAAUCACUAAACUGGUUAGUGCAUUAGAAAGUGUGCGUGUCAAUGCCAGAUCAAGUGCAUGUGAAGCUCUCGGAAGAAUAGGUGAAAAAGCAGCGACAAAUGAAGUAAUCACUAAAUUGGUUAAUGCAUUAGAAGAUGAGAGUAGAUGGGUCAGAGAGAGUGCAUACGAAGCUCUCAGAAAUAUAGGUGAAAGAGCCGCGACGAAUGAAGUGAUCACUAAGCUUGCGAAUAUGAAUGAUGCUGAUGGGCAGUUGCGUUUUGAAGCUGCAAGUGCUAUAGAUGGUAUUUUUCGUUCGUCAGCUGUGAUGAUUACUUUUGGUCCAAUGUUAAUUUCAAAACUUUGCGUGUGUGGAAGACCGUUAGAGUGCUUGAAAAAUGUUUCACUGGAUGAAUUAAUCAGAAAAUUUUUCGAUACUCAAGAUGCUGAUUGGUUGUUGGCAGCGAUUGAGAUAACACUUCAGAAAGGUGCUGCUGUGUCGAUCAAUGAGGAUAAAUUGCUGGUGUAUGAUAAUGGAGAAACAAUACAAUUAUCUGUUCCAAAUUUGAAACUACAUAACGAACUCGUUGAAACUUUUAUUAUUAAGGCAAAAGCACUUCAUUUAUCUUUUGAGAUACCGUUGUAUCUAAAAAAUUAA